CCCGGUCGUAUUGCGUUAAAUCCGAGGGCGCAGUGACGCCGGACGAGCCAGGGAAGAAGGACGAUGUCACCACCGGAGCGACGGGCGAUAAGUGCGUUUUCAAAAAUGAUUUGCCUUGUUCAAUCCAACGUGUUGCUAACGGUGGCUCGCAUGUGAUGUGGUCGCUAGCUGUGCUACUCAGGGAGUCGGAGCCAUGACGCAUGUAGCUCCAGAUGCCAUAGGCUUGACUCAGCACCACGAAUUAACCAUUUAUUGUCCCUUUCUACCCCCAAAUCCACAGAUCAUAUCUGUAGCCGUGUCAAGUAAAAAUAACGUCUACUCGAGAAGGGCGUCCCGAGUAGGCUACUAAUAUGAGAUUAUACUGUUCAUUUGCUGUCGGGUUGUCAGUGCAGAUGGCAGUGGAUGAUGCGUUUGAAGGCGAGACCGUACCAAUGGGCGUAUAGUGAGAAAUACCCUUUUUAGUUGGCUCGUCUUGACGUUGAAUUUGGCCUACUUAUGUGUGCGCCUUCUAGGUGUUUCCAUACAGACCCCCUCCAGAUGACUAUCGCAUAGGUUACAGCUCAUGUGCACCCUUGCAGUCACAUUUUGGUUGAUGCUUUAGGGCAGUAACCCUAGGUCAAAGAAUCACCAAGAUGACCUCUGUGUGGAAUAUGAUGCAAUGUAAUAACAGCUCUUGGCUCUUGGCCUCUGUUUUAUAGUAACACUGGGUUAUGUUAUAUAACUUCAUUUGUAGAUGUAGCUUUUUCAGUUGUUUCUCUCUAUCAGAUGGCUAGUGUUGAUGCCUAUAUUUACCUAAGUUAUGAACGUGGUAACACACAAAGGUUAACUAGGCAAAAACUGAAGCUCAAACACCAUUUUGCACUGCUUUAAAGAAGAGGUUACUUCAGUUUGCUCAUCAUUGCAAGAAUUAAUUCAAUGUGUCUUCAUUUGCUUCCAUGGUCUAUUUUAAUGUUGUUUUAUGAGCUGCUCAUUAGACUGGCUUGUUAUUUUGAAGUUGAAUUUGAACUGUCAAAUUAUACUUUUGGGGGUGCAGUGGAAAAAAAUAUCUCGUCCCUCUAAAUGGAAGGACUGGUAGUAAUAGUAUAGCUUGUUGUUGGUAAGUGCCUAUCCCAUCUACUUUUCUAUGAUACAGCCAUAUUUACAUGGUUUUAUUAGUAUACACGUGUGUUAAUACUAGAACAAUUAUUGCAGUGUAAAGCAUAAUGUCGGCUCGAAUUGUUAAAUGUAAAUUCACCACAGGCUUUUAAGCUUCAUUGUAAUUCAAAUAUCCAGUAACAAGUUCACUGCACUAUGGCUUGGGUGUUUUUACUUUAUCGUACAACGUAUAAUAGCACAUCAUCUUAUAGAGAUGAAUUAAAAUGUAAAGUAGGAUACUAACCAAAAGCAAAACAAUGACGCAUUUAUUUCCUCAUCAUCACAAUAAGCCCACAGUCGGUACCGAACCAAGGAGGAAAGCUGAUAAAGUCUUUCAAGCCAUGCCUAUUGCCUACAUCAUAUUCAAAGUCUUAUUCCUAAGCAAGCUUCUGUUAUAAUCAAUAUCAGUAGUCCUUCCUUCACAGGAAUGGAUAUUGGGUGGUGAGUGAGGGAAGUGGAUAGGGUUUUUGACUCCCAACUGAAAGGUUCUGUGUUUGAACCCCAUUGAUUGCAGUCUACCUGUAGUUAUCAUUGAUCAGUUUCCUGCCCUAACCUCAACCUGCUGCUUAAUGAACUGUAGACAUUGAAUGACUCACUAGUUAAUAAUCGAACAAGUAGGGCAUUAUUCCAAUAAGAAAGAAGUUGUGUGUGCCCAUCUUGUUACUAUUAUUCUAAUGGUUGAAUUUAUGCCAGCACUCUGUGGCUAAAACCCAUGCCAAUACAUGGCAUUCUAAACAGGAAGUGGCAAAUGUGUUCCUGGAACCAAAGACUCGGUUUGGUGCGAUUAGCUUGGAGCAUCAGCUAGAUCCAUCAGGCUAGAGCAAUUCCUUUAGGAGAAAGAGGGGGCCAGUGGCAGUUGUCUAUUUUGUAUUUGAUUUAAAGCACCUUAAUUUGUCCUAGCUAUUCUUUACAGGCACUGCACUAAGUGCCUCCAUCUGUCCUCUCAAAGGACCACGUUUCAAAGCAGGAAGUGCCUGCAUCAUCAUUGACGCCACAGCACAUUGUUUACGCGUGGCCAUGGAAUUAAAUUCAAACUUCUGGUUCUUCAGUUGAUGAAUACCUUUUUUAAAUUCUUGGAGAAUUGAUAUGAGCGUGUGUCAAAGGGAUUCCAGUUUUUAUUUGUAAAAAUGCAAUCUAUUUAAGAUAUUACAGCGUUAUAUGCUGGGAUUGGUUGCUAACUUUCACCCAAAGACAAACUAGUCUCUAUUUAAUUUCCAUCAACGUAUGUCCUGGGAUACAGAAACAUCCUGGCUUGCAUGAGACAUGCAAGCUGAAAUGUCUCUCUGUACACUUAAAAUUGAACAGGUUGCUGUAGUGGUGUUCAACAGUAUGAUGCGUGGCUUUCAGUAAAUAUUUUGAGUUUGGUUAUGAGCGUGCGCUAGCGGGCUGUGUUUGCUCUCACUCUGUGUAUCCCUAGCUGUGUGAAGUGUUUUUCCUCUGGAAAAGGCUCUUAGGGAAUGGGAGAGGGUUUCAACACAGACUGUUGUUCUACACUUGAAAGCGCAGAUCAGACCAUGAUGUGUGGUGUUACUCCCUCAGGGGACCUUGUUCAGAAGCAGGAUAGACAUGGCACAAGAGCUGUGGGGUUUCUUUCGAAAAAAAGUGUACAAUUGUGUACACAAAAGUGUACACGUAAACCUCUUGUUUUCCCAUUUAUUUCAAAGAGAACGAAAGUGAAUCACUGAACACGUAAGCAAUCGUAGUCAUGGGCACCCCUUUGUGAGACCAUUUUAGAAUAUACGAUUUUUAUCAAAAAAUGUUCGAUCAAAUGUUCUGUAAGUCUUGAAUUUGCCACUACCCUAAACGGCUAACUGGCAACUCCAAGUAGGAUACCGACCCACAUGUUGGGGAACACCCGUUGGGUUAGCCUGUUCAACCCUGACAACUACAGUUUGCUUCCCCCCUUGCCCACAGCGUACCUGCAGGCCUCCUUGAGGCCCUAACCCCUAUUGCUCCUUAAUGACAUGGUAAAUCGUAGGAGCAGUUGGGUCUCUCUUUCCAUAGUUUUCUCUUUUACAUCUGAUAUAAUCAGGAACAUAGCCGAGACUUUGAACAGACUGUUUUCCUGUGUGUACAGGAAAGAAGGAUCGCAUUCCAGGGAGGGAAUGGCCCAAACAUGCCAAGAUAUCUUCGUCAAGCGACUCAUUUCCUGAUGUCGUACGAGGCAGGAUAGUGUAGGGGCUGGGGUGUUUGACGGCCUCGUCAGAAGGUACUGGGUCCAUCCCCACGGUCCAGAGCCUACGCGUACGCAUCCUAGAGCAAUGUGCCAAUGUGCCUCACAACCUACCUCUCUCCAACGGCCUGUGUCUGUAUUCACAGUUCACAUCACUGAUGAUUAUGUUGGGGCCCUUAGAUCAGUGGUGUAGUGGUGUGCAUGUGAGGUGCUUGUUCUCCAGCCAGCCCUGUAGCUGUGUCUUCAGUGGCGUGUGAACCAGCCGGCAUGUUGGCAUUAGUAAUCCCGCUGCCCCCAGGACAUGCAGGACUAGCCGGCGCUUUGGGCGGCAAAAGGCAUUCCAGGAAUUCAGGCCUCGAUCCGGCACGAUCUGAUUCGCUGGACACAUUGAUUGUGUCGAAACGCCGUUUCAGUCAGAGGGGGGGGGGGGGGGGGAUGAUCCACUACGUCAGGGUUUCCCAAGCGUUGUCAUUCAUGUUGACCCACUGAAUUUUUUGUGUUGUCAAAUAACCAACACCUUCUGAUUAUCAUGUGAAUGAAAGGGACAUGAUGGACCUUUCGAUACCACGAGCCACGUGCUGGAACUACGAUCUGGGCUUUAGUGGCCGUGGUCUAUUCCUCAGGGCGGACGUGUGAGAGAUGAUUAAGUUACUUACAACCAAAGCAUCUUUUUCAAAUAUAUUUCAUAGUAGUAGUAGCAGAGGGAUUGAGAGACAACUGCUUUGCUCCUUUCACUCCUGCUAUUAGUAUGGUUGUAAAUCGUUUAGCUCUACCGAGGAAAUGUGUGUGCAUGUGUACGUUGUGUUAUCAUAGUGAUAAGGCCUAAAAAAAAUUUGUUUGGUUCCGGUUUCCGACCGACCCUGUCAGUUUAUGUGCGACCCAAAUUAUUUUAUGAGCUCUAAAAAAAAAAAAAAAAAAAAGAUUUUUAUUUUUUUAUGCAAACUAUAAUUACAUUUUGGUACAGCACCUCUUCAUUCUAUGCAAGGAUGAGCGAAUUUUCUCGUUUUUAAAUGAAAACAACCUACCUAUCAUUCGCUGCCGCUGGAAAAAAUUAAAUUAAAAAAUUAAAUAAAUUCCCUACCUACCCAUGACCUCAACUGACAACCACCAGGAACCACAUUUUUUUUAGGCCUAAGAGUGGUAUUGGAAUUGCCCAAUUAAGCUCAAUGCAAUGCAUUAUCAGAACCCGCCUCUUCCAGGGAGUACAAGCGCGGUAACUCAUUGAGAUCAAGGUCUCACCCGCAAUCGGGCCCUGCAGUUGCAAUAAAAAAGCAAAUACAAUGUAUCUGGAAAUGUGUCCUGAAAAAAUAUAUAACAAGUGCAUUAAAACAAAAGGCAAGCGAGGCCGGUUAACAGUCCUCUGAUAAAAUGUUGAUUUUAAAAUUCUUCAAAAAUAUCCCACCAACUUGGUGUCCAUCCGCACUCGGCCCUUCCUUUAUUUCAUUUUAACCUUUGGGUGCAUGACAUUAAUUUUUGGGACUUCAAGGGUAGUCCAGUCCUGAGUGUGGGUAUGACUAGAGCCCAGAACUCGCUGAAGCCAUUGUGUUAUGGAACUACGGCUGUCUACGUUUGUGUUUGCUGUCAUUCGUAUUGUUGAGUGUUCGACAGUGUCCAAUGACUCGUGCACGAAUCAGUGCAUGAGCAGUGGGUUCAUGUGUCACAAACCAUGUCUAAUUAUGCUUGUUGUGUUUUCCUUUGCUGGGGCCUGUUCCUUUCUCUCACCCUACCUGCUAUACAUGUUUGAGAAGAAAUGCGGGCAUUCUUCCUAGUCUGGAGGACCUGCUCUUUUACACCAUCGCAGAAGGUCAGGAGAAGAUCCCAGCACACAAGUUCAUUGCAGCACUGAAAACCACGGGGCUGCGCACGGGAGACCCACGGCUGAAAGAAUGCAUGGCCACGCUGAAGGAAACGCUGAAGAACACCUCAGACGGCGUCAUGCUCGACAGACACCUCUUCAAGAAGUGUGUGCAGAGCAACAUCGUGCUGCUCACCCAGGCCUUCCGAAAGAAGUUUGUCAUCCCAGACUUCCCCACGUUUGCCUCCCAUAUCGACGAGCUGUACGAGAGCGCCAAGAAGCUGGACGAAGGACAGGUUGCAGACUACAUUCCCCAGCUCGCGAAAUUCAACCCUGACCUUUGGGCUGUGUCUCUGUGCACAGUGGAUGGACAGAGACAUACGGUGGGCGACACCAAGGUCCCCUUCUGCCUGCAGUCGUGCGUCAAGCCCCUGAAGUACGCCAUCGCCGUGCACGACCACGGCACAGACUACGUGCACAGCUUCAUCGGGAAGGAGCCCAGCGGGCUGCGCUUCAACAAGCUCUUCCUGGACGAGGAAGAUAAGCCCCACAACCCAAUGGUGAACGCCGGUGCCAUUGUUUGCACGUCCCUGAUAAAGCAAGGCGCAAGCAACGCAGAGAAAUUUGACUAUGUGAUGGACUUUCUGAACAAGAUGGCCGGAAAUGAGUAUGUUGGCUUCAGCAACGCAACAUUCCAGUCCGAGCGUGAGUCAGGGGACAGGAAUUUCGCCAUUGGUUACUACCUGAAAGAGAAGAAGUGUUUUCCAGAAGGGACCGACAUGACAUCCAUUCUGGACUUCUACUUCCAGCUGUGCUCCAUUGAGGUGACCUGUGAGAGCGCCAGUGUCAUGGCGGCCACGCUGGCCAACGGCGGCUUCUGUCCAAUCACGGGCGAGCGUGUGCUGAGCCCCGAGUCUGUCAGGGACACACUGAGCCUCAUGCACUCCUGCGGCAUGUACGACUUCUCGGGCCAGUUCGCCUUCCACGUGGGUCUACCGGCUAAGUCUGGAGUGGCCGGGGGGAUCCUACUGGUUGUGCCCAACGUGAUGGGCAUCAUGUGCUGGUCGCCGCCCCUGGAUAAACUGGGAAACUCUGUCCGGGGAAUCCAGUUUUGCACAGACCUGGUGGAACUCUUCAACUUCCACAACUACGACAACCUGAGGCACUUUGCCAAGAAGCACGACCCCCGCAGGGAGGGAGGGGACCAGCGGGUCAAGUCGGUUAUUAACCUGCUGUUCGCUGCCUACACCGGAGACGUCUCUGCACUCAGGAGGUUUGCUUUAUCGUCGAUUGAUAUGGAACAGAGGGAUUAUGACUCCAGGACAGCUCUUCAUGUGGCAGCUGCAGAAGGACAUGGGGAGGUCGUGCGCUUCCUGUUGGAGGCGUGCAAGGUGAACCCCGUGCCCAAAGACAGGUGGGGAAACACUCCAAUGGAAGAGGCGUUGCACUUUGGUCACCACGAUGUGGUCACUAUCCUGAAGGACUUCCACGAGAAAUACAAUCCAAUCGCAUCAGACACAAACGCCAAGGAGAGUGCGGAGAAAAACCUAGACGGUCUGUUGUAGUACCACCCCCGGGCCAAGAGGUGGCGGCGCUGUAGCGCCGAGAGAUAUCGCAGUAAAAUGGACCAAAUGAGUGCUGGGUUAUUUGGAGUGGGUCUGUAUUCACAACAACGGUCCAUCUCUCUCAGAGAAGACGAAUGUUCGUUGUUGGUCGUUUUUCGUUUGACAGGGUUUAACUGGGUAAAAAUAGAGGCAAUUAUAGAAUAUACAUUGUAGUUUGUCAUGAGUUCUCUUUCAGUAAUGUUAUAGUUUUCCUGGAUGUGUUCUGCUUCAGAUGUGACCUUUAACUCCACGUUUUUUUAUGUGUGAAGGAAAUGCACCAAUACUAUUGGAAAGUAAUCGUACACUAUUAUGAAACUAUAUAAGAUUAGUACAUAUUUAUUGUUAUUGAACCACUGAACUAUCAGGAUGUAGAUCGGUGUCCUCUUCCAAAUUCGGUUCUAGAGUGGGUCAACUAAACAGUAGCUUUGUCACACCCGUAUAUCGGCAGUCUGAUGUUUCGUAUCAUAUACUGCCCGUUCACGUACACUCUGUCGUGCAAUACAGGCACUCCACUGCUUUUUUAGAUGUGCAAGGUAACCGUGAUUCAACCAGAUGAAGUCGGUUUCUCUUAUAAGGGAAAAUCCCUUGUGUAAGCUGCUCAAGUCGUCAUCAAAUCUUGAACUAGAAUUAAAUGACUGUAUUUAACUCAUUUAAAAUUUGGACCGACGCUUGAUAAAAAAAAUAAAAAAUCUUUGAAGUACACAUAUUACUUAAUCUGUUCAAUGAGAUUCCCCCAGGGAUGGCAAACACCAAUCCCGGAUAUAAACUUGUCUGCUAGUGCGUAGAUCUAACAUUCCAGGUGUUUUAGUCAUUUAAGGGUGUGCCUUUUUGUUAUGCUCUGAAACAGACACAGCUGAGGCAUAUACCUUAGAAAAGAAUGACAUUUGUUAAACAGCAGUACUAGAAAAUGAGGACAAGCACUUUUAGAAUCAGUUUAAUUUACUCUCCUGUAAUACAGCAAUACAAUAAACAACCCCUGAAUAUUUAUUUAUCAAUAAAUUUGACAAAUGCAACUGAUUCCUUUCACUGAAUGUAAACACUUUUAAAGAUGCCAUUUUCGGCUUUGGUUUGUCCGUGCUACCUUCCUCGAACCAAACACAACUCGGAAAUUAUUGAUAAGAAUGAGAACCAAUUAGCUGGCGUGGUUUGACGUCCACAUUUUGAUCAGUAAGAAACGGUCUUUCCUGAAUUCUGGAAUCAGGAGCCUAAUUAGUAAGUCAAGUGCAACAAAAAGGGCUACAUGGACAACAUUACGCUGCAGAUGUGAUUCUGAUCACAACUAGCAAUAUGGCAAUACAAGGCCUCUAUCACUGCUGUGCAUCAAAUGGUGUGUGUGUGUUUACUAGAUGAACGUGCAUAACUAUGUUACAUUUGUAACUAGCUUUUGUUAUGUCUGGGCUUGAGUGAAAUGAUGGGGGCAAAAUUGUUAAGGUCAACUUUAAAAACAAAUACAUUGUGUUAAUUGUGAAUCCUGUAUUACAGAAUAUCUUACAUUGAAGCUUAUUAAAUGCAUUAAUUGCAUUCUGUUUAAAGGCAAAAUUUAUAGUUGAUAUUGUGCAGCCAUACCUUUAAAAUGUACUUCUUCGGAGGUUAAUAUAAUCGAUGGCGUUAAAGAUGCAUCUGAAUGUUAUUUUGAACUUGUAGCUUUAAAUUAAUUGUUUGUCUGUUUUAUGGUAAUGUUUUGUAUCGUUGAUAAUUGGCUUGUGACAUUUUUGGAUGAUUAAACAAUAACAAACUGAAUAAGAGACGGAAAUAUCAGAAUGUUAGAUGUACAGUAUUCUUUGUUUUUAGUUCCUGAAAAGAGUGUACAGUACAGAUGUCAUUUGCUUUUGGAACAUAUAUUCAACGUUUAUUUUAAUAAACAAAAACUAAAUUGCACCUUCAUUGUUUUUUUUUUCUGUCUCGAAGUUAAAAUACACAGAAAUCGAUCAAACCAGAGAACAAUGUAAAGCUUCACCUACGAUAUAACGAAGCGACCAGGAGAUGAUAUGAUUAUGAUAUGGAGUACCACAGCAGUCACUUCCUAUUUCAAUCUUUCCGCACAUUAAUAUUCACUGACGGCAAAGGAAGAAAAUAGCACAUAAGAGUACUGCAGUGCAUAUGGGCUCGGAUGCCUACGUUAAACGUUUCUAAGAGCCUUAAAAAUGCACAGCCCUUAAAAUGGCAACAUUUCAAACAAAUAUUUAAGAGAACGUGGUAUAUUUGAUAGAAUUAAAUGGUUAACCCCAAAAAAGUUGUUCUUCCUCCAAGGCAGUUUUUUACGGACGCACAGCGACCCAUAGAGGUGUGUGUUGAUCACUAGUGGUAAUGGCUGCAUUCAAAGAAUAGAUGCAGAACAUGUUAAAGCACAAAAUACUUUUCUGUUGAAUGAAUUCAAAAUGGGAGAUCCCUAGGUCAGCUGAGGAAUGCGCUAUGAUGAUUGAUUUAUGUCGGAUGAUUUUUGGUCAGUAGCUCAUUAAAAAUUGUUCUCUUCGAAAACGUUACAGUGUGGAACAGUUGUCCAAUACAGUUGAGAAUACCAAUCGAGAAACCCGAUCAAACGGUCGACAGGGGAUGAGGUCAUCACCACGGAGACAGGUUGCCCUGGUCGGUCCAGUCCACGUCUGAUAGCAGCUCAAUAG